AUGGAGUGUCUGGGAGUGUCAUCUGUUCAGCACCUUCAGGCUCUCUCCUCCCUGUUAUCAACUCAGCAGGAUGAUGGUGAUGAUGACGACUGUAAAAAUUCGACUGCUUGUGCAGGACUGGGUCCUGGACACAUCGGCCCCCCACCCAAACAAGAUAAAGAAGUGUCAUCUGCCUAUGAGAAGAAGAACAGCAAAGAUAUAUGGAGCGAGGAAGAGGUGGCUGAGGGCUCCCAGUAUGAUGAUCUUGCUGACCCGCGACCACAACCUGAGUAUGAAAUAAUCCUGAAGCAGAGUGUGGGGACAGAGGAUCUGUUCUUGGGCUUGAACAGAAAGGACCCGUCCUCCAUGUGUUGCGAAGCCAUGCUGGUGAAAAUCAAACUGCCCGACACUAAAGCAACAGAUGUGGUCCUGGAUGUGAAAGAGAAGUUCCUUGAUCUACGGACGCUUAAAUAUAAACUGGGUCUCCAUCUUCCACAUCCGAUCCACAGCCAGGAGGGAAAGGCUCAGUUCUUCAGUGAGAGGGAGGAACUGGAGGUGACUCUACUAGUCAAACGCCCCAUGGAUUUCAUCAACAUGCCAUGAGAAAGAAGGACU